GAGACAGAGAGAGUGUUAGACCGAGAGAGAAGCCUGGAGCAUGCACAGAAAUGUGUAGGCUUGUUUAUGUACUGAGACUGUCUCCACUUACUCUGACAACCAGGAGAGUAAUAGAUGAAGAGAGCCAAAGAGACUGAUAGAAAGAUAUUAUUAGUGGCUGAAGGACAGAGACAAAUAGAAAACGAAACACAGAGAUAAAGAAAAAGAGACAGAGAGAUAGGAGGUAGCAAUAGAAACACAGGCAUUAUGCUGCGGUGGGUUCUUAUGGCCCUGUUUCGCUUCUUCAGGAGAGCAGGACGGCAGGUGUUCCCACCAGUGGAGGAGAGAGGGGCUUACUCAAACUCCGUACAGGAUGCAUUGCUCCGACUGGCCUCAGUCACAGACUCCUCUUCCCUGCGGGAUGCCAUCAGAAAGGCUCUCCAGGCUGUCCUUUCUGAAGUGGACAGUGCAUACGUCUAUCUAUUAGAUGCAGAGACAGGAUGCUUGUGGUGUGAUGAACCACCUCAUGAGCUACAGAAGGAGGGGAAACUCAGGAAUGUGGUUGUCCAGCAGAGGAGAGUACAGUGUGAGGGUCUUCCUUCCUCAGAGCUGCAGGGGCAACAGAGAGAGAGACUAACAGAACCACUGCAGCAGGACAAAAGAGUGUUGAUCAUUCCAAUUCUGGACCGGGACCAAGGAGUAGCUACCGCCCUCCUCUUGGUUUGCUGUACACUGCCCACUAUAGCUCAGGAACAAAGCCUUGAUGUCCUGGAGAAACAUGUCACCAUAGCCUGUAAGAGAGUCCAGGCUUUGCAGGGCCAAAGGCUCACCCAGGAGUCAGAGGUCAACAGGACACCAUUUCUCUCCCUGAACAGGAGGACAACACCUGAUGUGGACUACAGUGCACUGGACCAUCUGAUCCUGAGGCUUUGCGGAGAGUUGUAUGACCUGGAUGCUGCCUCUCUCCAACUAAAAGUAAUUCGUUAUCUGGAGGAGCAGACUCAAUCAUUGUGCUGCUGUUUACUUCUGGUAUCAGAGGAUAAUCAACAACUGUUCUGUCAGGUAGUUGGAGACAAGGUUCUGAAGGCAGAGAUCAGUUUCCCACUGACGUUUGGCCACCUUGGUCAGGCUGUGGAGAAGAGGAAGAGCACCUCCCUGCAAGAUGUCACUCCAGAGGAACACCAGCAGCUGAACAGCACUCUGGGAUUUGAAGUUCUCUCUAUGCUGUGUGUUCCUGUUGAGUGUCGGGCCACCACCAAGGUUGUGGCCCUCGCCUGUGCCUUCAACAAAAAAGGAGCAGACAGACACACAGAGCUGGAUGAACACAUAGUGCAGCACUGUUUCCGCUACACAUCCUCAGUACUGACCAGCACACUGGCCUUCCAGAAGGAACAGAGACUGAAGUAUGAAUGUCAGGCACUGCUUCAGGUCGCCAAAAACCUCUUCACACAUUUGGAUGAUGUAUCAGUCCUGCUGAAAGAGAUUAUUGCAGAAGCCAGGAGUCUCACCAGUGCAGAAAUUUGUUCUGUGUUCCUGUUGGACAGUGUCAGUCAGGAACUAGUUGCCAAGGUGUUUAAUGGAGGAGUGGUUAUCGAUGAGGAGACAGAGCUGCGUAUCCCUGCUGACCAGGGCAUAGCAGGCCAUGUGGCCACCACAGGGAAGAUCCUCAACAUCACAGAUGCCUACACCCACCCUCUCUUCUACCGUGCCGUGGACGACAGCACAGGCUUCAGAACACGAAACAUCCUCUGCUUCCCCAUAAAGGACGAACAUGGAGAAGUGAUUGGCGUGGCUGAGCUGGUCAACAAGACGAAUGGACCAUGGUUCACCCGUCUGGAUGAGGACUUGGCCACAGCCUUCUCCAUAUACUGUGGCAUCAGCAUCGCUCAUUCCCUCCUGUAUAAGAGGGUCGAUGAAGCACAGUUUAGGAGUCAGCUGGCCAAUGAGAUGAUGAAGUACCACAUGAUGGUGUCAGACGAGGAAGUGACCCGGCUACUGACUGUGGGCAUCCAGGCUGUAGGGGAAAUACACCCCAGAUUCUCCAGCUUCACCUACACACCUCGCUCCCUGUCAGAAGAUAGCACACCCACAGCCGUGAUCAGCAUGUUUGAGGACAUGGGCUUCAUAAACACCUACAAGAUCAACAUGAACACGCUGGCCAGGUUUUGUCUGAUGGUGAAGAGAGGCUACAGGGAUCCUCCAUAUCACAACUGGAUGCACGCGUUCUCAGUCUCUCAUUUCUGCUACCUCCUCUGCAAGAACCUGGAGCUAUCCAACUACCUAGAGGACAUCGAGAUGUUUGCGCUUUUUGUGUCCUGCAUGUGUCAUGACUUGGACCACAGAGGGACCAACAACUCCUUCCAGGUGGCAUCGAAAUCUGUGUUGGCUGGCCUGUAUAGUUCUGAGGGAUCUGUGCUGGAGAGACACCACUUUGCUCAGGCGAUUGCCAUCCUCAACACCCAGGGCUGCAAUAUCUUUGAGAAGUUCUCCAGAAAGGACUACCAGAGGAUGCUUGACCUGAUGAGGGACAUCAUCCUGGCCACAGACUUGGCUCAUCACCUACGGAUCCUGAAGGAUCUACAGAAAAUGGCAGAUGUGGGCUACAACACCAAAGAACCUCAGCACCAUAACCUGCUACUGUGCCUGAUCAUGACCUCAUGUGACCUCUCUGACCAGACCAAAGACUGGAAGACCACCUGGAAGAUCGCAGGACUCAUUUACAAGGAAUUCUUUUCUCAAGGAGAUCUGGAGAAGGCUAUGGGGAACCGUCCCAGUGAGAUGAUGGACAGAGAGAAGGCCUACAUCCCAGAGCUACAGACAGGCUUCAUGGAGCACAUAGCCAUGCCCAUCUACAAACUCCUCCAAGACCUGUUCCCCGGGUCGGCAGAGCUGUAUGACACCGUGGCCAGCAAUAGAGAACAGUGGGGCAGGGUCUCUCACAAGCCGGGAAACCAUUCUCUGGAUUAUCUAGAUGCAGAGUUUGAGAAGCUACAGGAAGAGCAGAAUGGAUAGGAUGGAAAGACAGAGCAGGGAAGGGACGAUGAGACCAAUGGUAGCCCUCCGGCCCAGCUCUAGGACACAGCAAGCCAAACUAACAACUACAUCAUCAGUAAUGUAUUAACUCCCCCUGAAAAUACACCUAUUUUACAGGUUGUUGUGUGGUGUUGUUGCUGAUACAGAUAUCUAAAUGAUCAUUAGAGUGUGUCACAUUGCAGCAGGUAUAGAGCAACACAAUGCAGAUAGCAGGGGGAGGCAGAAAAGGAUUGAUUGCGCAUCAUUGUAGAAGACAAUACUGAUGGCUUUGAUCUCAUUUUUAAAAUGAUUUGUCCCCCCCCCUUUGCCUGGAGUUUCUAUCAAUGAUAUUUGAACUUUGUGUGAAUCUUUACAGGCAGGUAUUGAGUGUUACCAGGUCAAAACAUGUACAUUAUAAGCAGAAUGUUACAAGCUUGCCUUACUUUGUCUAAGUUGCCUUCAAUGUGAGAAACUGCUGGAUUGAUAAUAUAUACUUUGUGGUAUUGUGUAUAUAACAAUGUUAGUGAUUGGAAUACAUAACACUGUAAAACUGUAUAUUUGUUGUUAUAAAUGUACUAGUUGAUAGCGCACAGAUUUUUCUUAACAUGUAAAUGGUUGAAUUGGCGUUACCACCACUUUGGGGAUUCCCUGUAUUGCCUGCAUAACCCCAAACGUUGUUUUCAGGGUUUGGUCUAAAUCUGGGACUGAUCAUCUCACCCUUUGGACAUUGCUCUUUGAAUGUGUGACAGGUACAAAUGGCAUAGGGUCUAUAUGCUUUUUGUUUUUGUUACAGCUAUAUUCAGUUAUUAUGUUGAUGUACUGUACAGUAUGUAUGUUUGCAUUUUCCUAUUUCCAAAUAAUAGAGAUAAUUCUGUGAAUUCUGAAUCUACAUGUUAACAUCAUGCACUGGAUAUUUACAUUUGUUCUUAAUUGAUAGUU